ACUAGUGGCUGCGCCGGUCCUCCGGAGCAGUCGAGAGCUGAGUUCGGCGGCUGCCUGAGAUUCGGAGCCUGACCCGCGUCCGGUCAUGGAGGUCUGGCGGCUGCUCCUCCCGAUACUAUUGUCUCUGCUCCGGGGCGGGGAGGGCUGGCGCCUUCCGCCGGCGUCAGACCCCGCGCUGGAAGCCCCGGCUCGGUUUGCGAUGGAGGUUUACAACCGAGGCCGCGAUCUGGGGGCUGCGGCUGAACUGCUGAGCGUUCGGGGGCGGAGCCUAAAGAUGGCCCAGGGGGCGCUGUACUCCCUAGAAGUGACGCUGCAGGAGCCGCCGUGCAGCCCCCCCACGGCCUGCAAGGAUGCCCGGGCUUCGGGGACCCUGCUUUGUCACUUCGAAGUCCUGGACCAGACGUGGGCCAAGCAGACGCUGCUGAAGCAAGACUGUGGCCGGCCGGGGGACCAGCGUCUGUCCUGGACUUCUGACCGCCAGGCUCCCGCCCCCACAUCGCAGGGGGACUCGGUGCAGCUGAUCUCGCUCUUCAAGGACUUCCUGACCACCUACAACAAGAGUUACGCCAACGCCACAGAGACGCAGAGGCGCCUGGGGAUCUUUGCCCGCAACCUGGAGCUGGCCCGCAAGGUGCAGGAGCUGGACCGAGGCUCCGCCGAGUACGGAGUCACCAAGUUCAGUGACCUCACAGAGGAGGAGUUUCGGACUUCGUAUCUGAACCCCCUGCUGAGCAGCCUUCCGGGCCGGGCCCUGAGGCGGGGUCCUGCUGCGCGGGGCCCGGCCCCGGCCUCCUGGGACUGGAGAGACCACGGGGCUGUCACGGGCGUCAAGAAUCAGGGCGCCUGUGGCUCCUGCUGGGCCUUCUCCGUCACCGGCAACGUGGAGGGGCAGUGGUUCCUGCGCCGAGGGGCCCUGCUGGAGCUCUCCGAGCAGGAGCUGGUGGACUGCGACACUCUGGACCAAGCCUGUGGCGGAGGCCUGCCCUCCAACGCCUACACGGCCAUCGAGAAGCUCGGUGGCCUGGAGACCGAGAAGGAUUACAGCUACGAGGGGCGCAAGGAGCGCUGCAGCUUUUCUCCCGACAAGGCCAGGGUCUACAUCAACAGCUCCGUGGAUCUGAGCCGCGAUGAAGAAGAGCUUGCCGCCUGGCUGGCGGAGAACGGCCCCGUCUCCAUCGCUCUCAAUGCCUUCGCCAUGCAGUUCUACCGCCGGGGAGUCUCCCACCCGUUCCGGCCCCUCUGCAGCCCCUGGUUCAUUGACCACGCUGUGUUGCUUGUGGGCUACGGCCACCGCUCCGGCAUCCCCUUCUGGGCCAUCAAGAACAGCUGGGGCCCCGACUGGGGCGAGGAGGGUUAUUAUUAUUUAUACCGAGGGGCCCGGGCCUGUGGGGUGAAUGCCAUGGCCAGCUCUGCCAUCGUGGACUAGAGAGCCCGCUCCGGCCCGGAACUGGUAAAAGCAGCAUCCCCUGCGGGCAGGGCAGCAUCUCGGCAGCUGCCUGGCCUGGCUCCUGACCUCCGACCCCUAGACUAGCCUUGGCCUGGCUCCUGACCUCCGACCCCUAGAUUAGCCUUGGCCUGGCUCCUGACCUCCAACCCCUAGAUUAGCCUUGGCCUGACUCCUGACCUCUGAUCUCUAGUUAGCCUUGGCCUGCCCUGGCUCCUGACUGCCAACCCCUGAAGACUAGCCUUGGCCACAUGCACCCCUGGCACUGUGGGCACUCUCAGCCCUGGCAAGGCUGUCCCCAUUCCCUGCCCAGACCUGCGUGAGGUGUGGGGGAGGCAGGCAAGGUGUGGGAGCUCAGCACCAGCCAAGAGCAGCUGGGGGUCCAGCUGGAGCAGAAAGGAUGGGGUCCCCUCAAGUGAAGCAGGACCUCAAGCCCGGCUACUGCAGGCCCUUCCCGAACCUCAGUUUCCCUGACUGGAUGAUGGUGUGAAUUCUCCUUCCCCCGGCGGCACGGUUCGGGCUGGCACCGGGGCCCCUCCAGCACCAAUAAAGACAGUUCCCUCUCUG